AUGGCUGGUCAAGAGGCGUUGCCAAGCGAUUCGGAGGAAGGCUUUAGCAGCCCCGAAACGGACAGCUCGAUGGACGAGUCAGAGAUCAUGGCCGAUUCCGAGGAGCUGGCAGCAAACGGGGUCGGCAAGCCACCUGCACGUGGCAGUGAAAAGGGUGGUGGCCAGCCAGGCUCUCCUUCCGACCUACAGUCGCUGGCUGGAGGUGCUCUGGCGGCUCUGGCCUUGGGCGACCACAAGUCCCCAAGCGAAGAUGGGCGGACAUCAACCACCGUCGGGGACACGGAUACAGAGGCGUCGCGUCCUUCAGAUUCAUCACCUCCCCCCGCCAUAACUCGACCCGAAACCGCCAUCCGGAGAGAUGAGAGGCCACAGCCUGUCAUCCCAGCUCCGUACAGUCCUACCGACUACUACUCGCCUCGAACCGGGACCUUCACCUCGCCCACGGGCAGUCUCGCGGGCCCCGGCCCUGGCGAACUUCCGCCGAUUCAAAAUGCCUCGCCAAGGUCGGAGUCAAACGCUGGGAUCGCGCUGCCGUCCAUCAGAGACCAUCUGGGGCCGGAGGCGCUGUCUCCCGCAUCUUUUCAGCAAUCUCCUCCCGCUAUACCUGGCCCCGGUAUGACUCGGUUGCCGUCCAUAAGCCAUGCUUCUCCGCCUAUUUCACCGCACGAGCUCUAUACCCGCGAUCCUCGCUCGCCGCACUCUGUUCUGUUACCACCCAGUCCGUUCUAUCCUUUCCCGCCGAGCGGUAUGACGCACCGACCCAGCCUCGACUACAACAGCGGUAGCACGCCAAGCACCGACCACUCGGCUUCUACGCCUGCGACCUCGACUCACUCGGUCGCGGAUAGAAUGAGCCUGGACGGCAUGGCUUUCUCAAAUCCUCAAGAUGUUGGCCAGUAUGUCUACACGUUCGAGUUCACCAUGUGGACAAAGACAAAGACGACCCGGAACUACGCGAUGUUCUGUCACAGAGACCAGACGGCCCAAGCCGUGGUCGAAGGCGACGAGGCGGACCGAUUUGAUCAACAUCGAAGAAGAAAGUCGUCCUAUUCAUAA